AUGGCCGCCGGCGGGGUUCGCGCGCUCGUCGCAUUCGUGGUCCUGUGCCUUCUCGUGGCCGCGCCCUGCGCGAACGCCGCUGUCAGCUGCCCGAAGGUGGCCUCGUCCAUCGCCCCCUGCGUCAACUACAUCCGCGGCAAGGGCCCGCUCACGCCAGCCUGCUGCAACGGCGUGAGGGCCCUCAACUCUCAGGCCAAGACGCCCGCCGACCGCCGCGCCACCUGCAACUGCCUUAAGAGCUACGCGGGGAAGAUCCCCGGGCUCAACCCGUCCCUAACCUCGGGUCUCCCGGGCAAGUGCGGCGUCAGCGUCCCCUACCCCAUCAGCACCAAGACCGACUGCACCAAGUGA